GAUCAAUUUGAUGAGACGUAUCCAAGGACAGCCCAACCUCACAAGUCACGACCGAGCAGGGGGCUCGCAUCACUGGCACGGUUGAAGCGGCGAGUCGCAAGGAUCAUGGGCUCCGGACGAACAACAAUCUCUUUGAUCGUUUCAUGGGCUUGGACUCCUGGGACCAUCAAAACUGCUGGGAAGAGCGGCCUCGACUGA